AUGGUUAUCAAGGUGUACAUCAGUGGAAUGUCCGGCAACAAAGAGGUGAAGAAACGCCAGCAACGGGUCACGAUGAUCAUGGAAAGCAAGCACAUAGAAUAUACCGUCAUCGACAUCACAGAGCCGGGCCAGGAAGCGGAAAAGGAUUUCAUGCAGACGAACGCCCAGCACAAAGGAUGCACGAUCAGUGAUCCGAACCCACGGCACGCACUACCCCCGCAGCUGUUCAACGACACCGAGUACUGCGGUGACUACGACGACUUCGACAUGGCCAACGAGGUGGACAAUCUGGAAGUGUUCCUUAAGCUGGCGGCACCGGCACCCGAACCGGAGCAUAAAAAUGGCGACGAAUCUGCACCUGCCACCGUUGUCGCCGCCGAGGAUGAGGACGAAAACAAAGAAAACAAGACUGAAGACAACGGUGCUGCCGGUGACGGUGCGGAGGCGACUGAGGACGCAAACGAGGCGGCUAAGGCUCCUCCGGAAGAAGGAGGGGCAGAGCUGCAAUCGGAUAAAGAAAUACCUGACGAAGAAGCAACCGCUACAGUUGACGAGAAAAGCGAUUAUUUGAAGGACGCAACAGAGGAGUUGACAGAAAAGUCAGUAAAAGAAGAAGAAACUUUAGCUGAAGAUACGCAGGUGGAAGAACCGGAAGUUAACAUUGAAAAGGUAGAACCAACGGAAGCAGCAACGAUGGAGCACUCGAACGAAGAAAGUGAUUCUCAACAUGACGCAUCAUCCCAGCAGAAGGAUGAUGAGCAAGAAGAUGUUAUUGAAUUCAGCGAAGAACUUGAAAGCCCACCAACCGUUGAAGACAACACAACCGAACAGUUAGUGGUACAGAAUGAUAAUGAUUCUAAUGUUCCGGAAGUCAUAACAGAAGAGCAAGCAGCUACAAUGGAACAUGAGUCCGAUGAUGAAGAAGCUAGAGAUGAUUCCGUUCCUGAUGAUCCUGAAGACGAAACAGUAGAAGAGGCGAUUGUAGACGAUGAGCGGAAAGAAGAAUGCGCGAUCGCCAAGGAUAAUGGUAAAAUUGCUGCAGAAGAAGACAUUCUAAAGGAAGCUGUACACGAAGAAUCGGCGACCGGUAUCGACCAUAGUUUGGUGGAACAGUCUUCCUCAAACGAUCAACAAGAGGAUCAUGUCGAAGAGAUGGAAGUGGAACAGGAUAUUCUGACGGACGAGGACGAAUCAUCUGAGAGUGUGGAAGACUCAGAGGGUGACAGUCAGAUAGAAAACCCAGCCAAGGCGACAACAAGUCCGGAGAAGGACGUGGCAGAAGAAGAUGCAGCAGUGUCAUCAGAAACCGGAAUUACACAUGAAUCCCGAUCAAUCGGUGAACCCGAGGAACCGGCGGAGAUGGAGGCCGAUGGUGACGUCGAUGCAGAAGAACAGGAACUACGACGUGCCUCCGCAGCAUUGGCCGGCAAGAGCGAGGACGCCGUCGAGCAGAUCGGAAUGGAUGAGGUGGAGGAAGACGAAGCGGACGACGCACUAGUGGAAGCCGCCAAAGAGGACGAAAUAUCCAGCAAAUUGGUUGACACUGACGAUCCCAUGAUGGCUGAACAGGAGCAGGAAGAAUGA